AUGGCGGCGCCCGGAACGGAGCCCGACGCCGAGCUGGAGGAGCUGCUGGCGAGCGCCCUGGAGGACUUCGAGAGAGCCGCCCCGGCGCCCGGGGAGCCCGCCGGAGGAGGAGGAGGAGGAGGAGGAGGGGAGGGCGGUGGGAGCAGCGCGGAGCCGGCGGGGGAGUCGCAGGGUCGGCUGCUGGCCGCGCAGGAGACCUUCUUCCAGGAGCUCUUUGAGGGCGAGCUGGCCUCGCAGGCGAGCGCCGAGUUCGAGCGGGCCAUGGCGGAGCUGGCGGCCGAGGAGCCGCUGCUGGUGGAGCAGUUCGAGAGGCUCUCCGCCGCCGCGGGCAGAGUCGGGAGCGACCCGGCGUCCCGCCAGGAGUUCACCUCCUGCCUGAAGGAGACGCUCAGCGGGCUGGCCAGGAACGCCGACGGCCUGCAGAGCUCCGGGGUGUCGGAGGAGGAGCUGAGCAGAACGAUGGAGGGGCUCGGCCUGGAGGAGGGGGACGGCGGAGAGGGCAACCUGUGGCCCAUCAUGCACAGCAUCAUGCAGAACCUGCUCUCCAAGGACGUGCUCUACCCCUCCCUCAAGGAGAUCACGGAGAAAUACCCCGAGUGGCUCCAGAGACACCGAGACUCCUUGCCCAAGGAGCAGUAUGACAAGUACCAGGAGCAGCACAGCGUCAUGGGAAGGAUCUGCGAGCAGUUCGAGACUGAGCUGCCCACGGACGGUGAUCAGGAGCACAGGGCCCGCUUUGAAACGAUCUUGGACCUGAUGCAGCAGCUGCAGGACCUGGGACAUCCUCCAAAGGAGCUGGCUGGAGAGUCGCCUCCUGGCCUGAACUUUGACCUCGAAGGACUGAAUCUGCCUGAUACUGGAGGCGCUGGAGGCGAGCAGUGCCGGAUUAUAGCAGCGGCGGCUGGGGGCCGUCAAGUGCGGCUGUCGCGAAGAGCGGCGGCGGCGGAGCCGGAAGGAGACGCGCGGCGCCGGUUGGGCGACAAAAUGGCGGCGGCGCCUGGACGUCCCGGGGGCAGCACCGGCGACGGGGCGGCGGGAGCAGGCGGAGGAGCCCCUGCCAGAGGAAGCUUGUCCAGCAGUCCGGAAGAGAUGUCUGGAACCACGGAGGGGCCCGAGACGUCUUCCGGGGUGGAGGUGGAGGCUUCCGACCUGAGCCUCAGCUUGACGGGGGACGAGGUGGGCCCCAGCCAGACUUACACGGAGAGCUCCACCGAAGAGAAGGACUNCCCCCCCCCCCGCGACGGUCAGAAGCCUGCGGGCCUCGUCCUCAAGAUGUCAGACACGGGGAAUAGCACAGAGGAGAAGACGAAUAUGCCUAACGGAAGCUUGUCCAGCAGUCCGGAAGAGAUGUCUGGAACCACGGAGGGGCCCGAGACGUCUUCCGGGGUGGAGGUGGAGGCUUCCGACCUGAGCCUCAGCUUGACGGGGGACGAGGUGGGCCCCAGCCAGACUUACACGGAGAGCUCCACCGAAGAGAAGGACUCGGACAGCAUGGAGGAGACCGGGCACUACUCCAUCAACGAACUGAAUCGGACCUAUGACCGCUCCCCCUCGGAGGAGGAGGAAGAGGAGGAGGAGGCGGAGGAAGAAGAAGAGGAAGAACAGCAGCAGCAGGAGGAGGCGGCAGAAGCGGAGGCCCAGCGUUCCCGCUGGCGAGCGCACCGCAAGCGCCCCAACCAGGACAGGGACUCCUCGGACGACGAGCGGGCCCUGGAGGACUGGGUGGCCUCGGAGACGAUGGCGCUGCCCCUGCCACGCUGGCGCGCCCUCCAGGCCCUGCGGGAGAGGGAGCUUGGCUCCAGCGCCCGCUUCAUCUAUGACGCUUGCGGGGCCCGGCUGUUCGUGCAGCGCUUCUGCCUGCAGUACGGCCUGGAGGGCCACGGGGGCUGCGUGAACACCCUGCACUUCAACCAGCGCGGGGCCUGGCUGGCCAGCGGCAGCGAUGACCUCAAGGUGGUGGUCUGGGACUGGGUGCGCAGGCGGCCCGUGCUGCAGUUCGAGAGUGGCCACAAGAGCAACGUCUUCCAGGCCAAGUUCCUCCCCAACAGCGGAGACUCGACCCUGGCCAUGUGUGCUCGGGACGGCCAGGUCCGCGUAGCCGAACUCUCCGCCACGCAGUGUUGUAAGACCACGAAGCGGGUGGCCCAACACAAGGGCGCAUCGCACAAGGUGAGGGGGUCUCCUCUGCUCCCCCUGCCUGCUCCCCUUGUGGGGGGAGUUCUUGGCGUGCAUCAAGAGUCUCUGGGCUGCAACUUCACCAGGAGGGCCCGUGCCCAAUGGGCUACCCACGCCCCAAAACGCAGGCCUGGCUCUCGGCUGGUCGUGACCAAAGAGAAGGAGAAGAAAGUCGGUCUCUACACCAUUUACGUGAACCCAGCCAACACCUACCAGUUUGCGGUGGGCGGCAGAGAUGAAUACGUCAGGAUCUACGAUCAGCGGAAGAUCAAUGAAAACGAGAACAAUGGAGUGUUGAAGAAGUUCUGCCCUCACCACCUGGUGAACAGCGAGUCAAAAGCCAACAUCACCUGCCUGGUCUACAGCCACAAUGGCUCAGAGCUUCUGGCCAGCUACAACGACGAGGACGUCUAUCUCUUCAACUCCUCUCACAGCGACGGAGCUGAGUACAUCAAGAGAUACAAGGGGCACCGCAACAACGCCACAGUGAAGGGGGUCAACUUCUACGGCCCCAACAGUGAGUUUGUGGUGAGCGGCAGCGACUGCGGCCACAUCUUCCUGUGGGAAAAGGACUCUUGCCAGGUGGUGCAGUUCAUGCAAGGCGACAAAGGCGGAGUGGUCAACUGCUUGGAGCCUCACCCCCACCUCCCGGUUCUGGCCACCAGCGGCUUGGAUUACGACGUCAAGAUUUGGGCCCCCACUGCAGAGAUGCCCACCCAACUCACCGGCUUGAAGGAGGUGAUCAAGAAGAACAAGCGGGAGCGGGACGAGGACAGCCUGAACCACGCGGACAUGUACGAGAGCCACCUGCUCUGGUUCCUCAUGCACCACUUCCGGCCGCGGCGGCGUCACAGGCGCCAGCGAGAUCCAGGCACCGGAGCGGCCGACAGCGACUCUGAGGACUCCCUCAGCUCGUCCGACAGCUUGGACGAAGACGAGGAGGGCCCGGACCGGGUGCAGUGCAUGCCUUCCUGAGACCCCUGGAGACACGGAAUGGGCUGUGGGGGCGCCUGCCCUGUUGAAUUAGCCACCCUCUUCCUGCUUUAGAUGAGAGACCAGCCC